AUGGGAUCCCAAGGACUGUCCACCGUGGCGCGUCGCCGCGAAGCUCCGAUCUCCACGCACUACAUCCAGUGCGUGAAAUGCAAGAAGCGCCGCGCGGUUCCGAUAACGCUGGACGAAUCGAUGCUGCCGACGUUCGAAUGCUCGAUGAACAUCUGGGACCCGCAGUACAAUCGCUGCUCCAUCCCCGAGAACCACGAGCCGAACUACACGAUCUCGCUGGCGGGCCGCACGCCGCAGUACGCGCGCGAGCAGAGCGACUUCAUGUGCCGAUUGAAGCUGUACAUCAAGCAGCGGAACAUGGGGACCUUCAAGCAGCCGAUGCUGGGCAAGCGCGAAGUCGAUUUGUACCGGCUGUUCCGCGAGGUGACGGCGCACGGAGGCUGCGAUAACGUGAUCAAGAAGGAGGGAACGUGGUCGCGGAUCUACCGAGGCAUGGACAACUACUCGCCGACCGAGACGUCCGCGUCGUACCGUCUCAAAAAGAUGUGCGUUCUGCUGCUUCGCUUGUGA